GUGCAGUUGAGUUAUAAAAAUUCUAAUAAAAUGGAAACUUACGGAAACAGGGAUGAUGAAGAGAACCCUCAGGAUACCAGCGAGGGCGGCAGAAUCUCGGAAAUAGGUUAUGCGAGUGAUGAAUCAGUUGAGAAAGAGAGGUUCUUAGGCGAUUGCUGAUAUGAUGAUGGUGAAAGGCUAUCUAAAUAAAUGAAGGAAUAUUUUUGAUAAAAUAAGCACUCUUCAUACUUCUAUUAAGAAGGAAGCUAUCCAACUGAGAGAUCGUCUCGAUAAGAGCAGCAAUAGAUCAAAAAUUACUUUGAGCCAAGUAAUGAAACAGUUCAAGCUGAUGAAAGGUGUUGUGAAAAAGCUCAGAGAGGUCUCUGAUCUCAGUGGAGCCAUCGACGACCUCACUCUUUACAAAGAAGCAGAUGAAAUGUUCUGGGAGGUCAAAAGGCUUCUUUCAGAUAUCGACGAAGGCACAUCUGAAUUAGUUAAUAUGCACCAACAUGAGCGAGACUCUUCAGGCAGCUGCAUUGGAAGCAGCCAUUUAAAUUUUUACAACGAUGAAUCCGAAGCCCAAGAGUUGAUCCUUGAUGAGGAUAGGCUCACUUCAAGAAGCCAGAGGAAAGGCCGUAGACAUGAUUAUGAUGAUUCUUACUACGGAAAAUACUACAAAAAUGACAAACUCCAAAAGAAGACUGAGAGAUAUUUGAAGUUAUUUACCUCUUAUGGGGUCUGAGUGAAGUACAUCCUGCUGAUCAUAGUGGCCCUUAUUUUCGUGCUCGUGUUCUACAUCAUAUGGAUGAUCAGAUUCUUUGAGCACAAAGAUGCACCAGGGAAGUUGCACUAGACCAUUUAUAAAUUCAAUAAUACAUAGAG